AUGGGAAUUUCCCAUACUAAAGCCACAGUCGCCGCUACGUCUCCCGCUACCAACUUAGCUGUGUCAACAACUUCAUCGACACAGUCGACGUCGGCCUCGACUUCGACCUCAACAACGACACCAACACAAGCCUCAAGCAAAUCCACUGGUCAUUCAGGUAUAUCUGGAGGUGCCAUCGCCGGAAUCGUUAUUGGAUGCGUGGCUGCUAUCGUCAUAGGACUGCUGCUCCUAUUCCGAAAGAAGAUUCUUACUUGUAUGGGGUACAGCAGAAAUAGUCCACUGCCGCCACAAGAGCCAACAACCGAAGUUUAUAACCAUGGGCAACCACAAAGUCCUGUUCCAACUGCUCCAACGGGCUGGAAUACAUUGGAAUUGGCAGGAUCAGGUGUUGGUUAUAAACAGCCCGGGGCUACGACUGCUUUAUCAGAUUCUACACCAUCACAACUUGCAGGCUCUGAGUCAGGUUUAUCGAGCCCCGUAGCUCAGUUGGAAGGUUCUGAAUAUGUGUAUCAGUCAGGAUAUUCAGGCAUUGGGCGCAAUCCACCAAUGCAUGAGAUGCCGUAA